AUGUGCGUCCGGUUCGGCGCGACGUUCAAGUGCCGGGGCUGCGGGAGGGUCUACGCGGUGAUCGAGGCGUACGACACCGAGGUGUACUGGGAGCUGUGCGACAAGGCCAAGGGCAGCCUCCACCGGCGGCCCUGCUACCGCGGCUUCGGCGAUAUCCCCGCCUGCAGGUACAAGCGGUUCGAAGGGGACUGCACCGCGCCGGGGCGGCCGUGCACGCGCACGAGGGUCCAGCCCUUCAGGCCCGAGCCGCCGCCCGCGCCCGCGCCCAGACCGUCCGCGCGGAGCGGCGGCGGCGGCGGCGGUACCGCGGUGACGACGACGCUGGCGCUGGGCGCCGCCCUCCGUCCCUGGACCUGGCUGGCCGCCACGGUCGGGUGGCUAACCGUGUGCCCCGGCAGCGGUACGCUAAGCCGCCGCGGCGCCGAGGCCCCGGGCGAGACGGGUCAGAGGGCUGGGCCCGCGCUGCCGGCUGGCUGCUUGGUGCUGCCCGACGAUGACGAGGAGUACAUGUCCUGUGCGUGAGGAUGGGGGCGGGCACCUCCUCUUCUCUUUGGGGAUUUCGGGCAUUUCACAAAUGAUGCAGAGAUAUAUUCGCGCUUUGGGAUUGUUGCCGGGUAAGGGUAGGGUCCCAGUGUCG